CAGUUACACGGCCAGUGUAUUCCACAUGUAAAAACUUAUCAUCCGGCCAAACGUUCAAAUUGGUGAAAUCUCACUUUCAGUUUCAGUCGUAGCGUGAAUGUUGCUUUGAGUGGUUUCUUGUGAGGUGUUACAAUCAAUAUUGCAAGUUGUAGAGAUAAAGUCGUGUAUUUUUGCGUGUGUUGAGGGAAAUUUGGGAAAAAAUCAUUGCAAUUUCCCAAAAAAGCAAGAUGAAUGUGGCAUUUAUUAUUCGUUUAAUUCUGUCAUACGUCCUCUGUUUGUACUAUAAUGCCAAGUACAUUGUUUUAAUCAUCUUGAGCAUUCUUCUCAAGGGUAGCACGCGAACACUUGAGGUCAAAGAUCGUCCAACUCCACCGGCAAUUCUCCAAAAUCCUCAGUACGGGAAUCACAAGUAUAUCACUGUGAAUGGCAUUAAACUACAUUAUGUGGAGAAAGGCGAUCAAAAUAAACCGCUGAUGCUCUUUGUGCAUGGUUUUCCCGAAUUUUGGUAUUCAUGGCGCCAUCAAAUUGUGGAAUUUUCAAAGGAUUACUGGUGCAUUGCAGUCGAUAUGCGUGGCUAUGGUGAUUCUGAUAAACCUAAAGGCUUAGCUUCUUACAAAAUGGAUAACAUGGUUGAUGACUUGAGGGCCUUAGUAAAGGGUUUAGGACGUGAACGUGUUACUCUUGUCUGUCACGAUUGGGGCGCUGUAAUCGGUUGGCGGUAUAUCCUACGUCAUAUGGAAACUGUGGAGAAGUAUGUGAUGAUUGGGGCACCUGCCAUGGAGGUUUACGGUUGGAUAGCGCAACGGGAGUGGGAUCAGUUCCGUAAGGGAUGGUACGUGUUCUUCUUCAAGGCACCACUUAUACCCGAGAUGGCGCUGCGCACCAAUGACUUAAGCAUUUUCAAAGCUAUGAAGACUGAAAGUACAACAGAUGAGGACAUUGAGGCCUUCAAAUACACCUUUGCUAAACCCAAAGCGCUGACCUAUCCUCUGAAUUACUAUCGUGCCAAUGCAUUUGGUCAGGUGUCGCGUAUUAAGAAGAAGCCAGAGAAAUAUGCUCCUGGUCUGUAUUUGUUGGGCGAGAAGGAGGCAUUCAUAUCCCUAUCUACUGGACCCGCAAUGGAAAAGGUUUAUCCUAAUCUCACGUACAAACUUGUACCUCGAGCCACACAUUUUGCACAGCAAGAUAAACCAACACUGGUCAAUGAGAUGAUGAGGAAUUUCCUCACUUCUUCCACCAAGUAACUUAUUUAUUCACCUGAAACAUCCAUCUGUGCAUUAUGUAUUACUAACUUCCACAACUUCUCUUUUUCUUUCCAUUUUCCAUAAUAUUAAAGUGAAAGUAUUCAUCCUGA